GGCAGCUUGGGCCUGGACUUUGGUCCCUACAUCCAAGGUAAAUCGUUCACGCGAUCUGUGUCUAUCAGUGAGGCGGCUCCGUCAGCCUCAGUCACCGAUUGCACAGUUCCCGGUGGUGGUGGCAAUCAAUCGUCAUCAUCAGUACCCGUGGUUGCCCGCUCGGCGAGUGGUGGCAGCGGUGCAUCCGAGAUUUCUCCCUCGCCAUUCUCUUCCGCAACAGCGACCAUAUCCCCCGAGAGUCCACUUCCCGCAUCUUCACUUCCAUUUGCUCAUCCAUUCUCGCCUCACCCGGAUCAGUCCGCCUCUUUGCUAGAUCCCACAGCUCCCGGACUACAAACCAUGCACAAGAACGACAUGGGUCGACUUCCCAUUUCCACUGUUGACGGUAACUCGGAAACCAAUAAUGCUGCAACGCAACCACCCACUCGACUUCGACCAGCUCGACCGGAUAUUCCUGAGUUGGUUGAGCUGCUCCAGCAUUCGUCUAGUCACCGAACGAUUAACUUACUGUCCCAUUUACUGGACUCCAGACUACCAGUUGAUUGGCGUGAGGCUCUUGUGGCCACGAGAACUACGGUGACACGACCAGCAUCGUUAAUUAUGCCUGUGGCAGGCCGUGAAUCCACUUCCAUUUCGCCCAGACACAGUAUUGGUGGUUCUGAUCGCGCUGACUCGUCUGCCGUACGUCGACCGAAUCCUCCCACACCUUCUCCCUCCGACGAAUCGGUGUUGGUCAAGCGCAUCAAAUCCAAUGAUCAUGAAAUACAAAAGUCCGUCGAGCCCAUUUCAUCUACCUCUACACCCUGCUCCUCUUCUCCACCCGGACAUUCGGAUCCCGUCCAAUCUAAUCAAACCAGUGUCCCAUCCACUUUUAUCUCCUUGAGAUUGGCCCAAUGUGUCUGUCGAUUGGCUGAUCACUUUGAAGCCCGUUAUCGAGAUAAAUUGGGUGACCUGUUAGACGAUGUAGCUCGCCUAAGCACAUCCUCCCAUUCCGCUGAAGAAACAGCCAGUUCCGCCCCCGAUGAGGAUGAUGAUGAUCUGUCCGCUCCGGGGACCGCAGACGCAUCGAGCCAACCAGGUGAUAGCAGUAGCAACAGAGCUGAGAUGAACGCGGAAUCAUUUGAUGAAGGCUUAAGUAACACUUUUGAAAAGCAAUUCCGACAACAACUCGAGUCCGCUCGCGUACGUUUUCAAAAAGUUCUGAGUGAACUGUUCGCAGAACGAGUGAAUUGGGGUCGUGUGAUUGCCAUGCUUGCAUUCAUACGAGCGUUGUGCGUGUUUGUGGAGAGCCGGCGAACAAUGCAAUCGGCAACAAGUUCCAGUCUCUCUUCCGCACGGUCAGCCGUUCAACAGGUAGAGUUUCAAGGAGGACUGGAUCGAACGCUGACGACAUCACCACUACUAUCCUCCGAUCAAGAAGAUCCCACAUGCACGGCCGUUUGCGCGAACAGUCAGACAGAAUCCGCAUCACAUUGUGCGCGAUUAGACCACGCUACAACAGCCGUUGGCAAACUAACCGACGCGGGCGAGAUUGACCGUCAAACAGAUGAAUCGUUCUGGCUCAUUCGAGCUGCCCACUAUGUUGCAUGGGCGACUGAGUUCAUUCAUGGACCUCGAGGUAUAUGGCAAUGGAUUGCCUCACACGGGGAUUGGGAUGGUCUUAUUGAAUUCGAAUCAGAUCGGGGCCUUGGUGGAACACAACACGAUCAUCUCAUGAUCGGGGGGAUGACGGAAGACGACGCGAUGCGGUUGCUUCGUGGUGCACUGCGUAGUGUGACCACCUUGGCUGUGGGUGCAGUCGGCUUGGUCGGAGCGGUCGGUCUAGUGGCCGCGCUGCACUAUCUGGCAAAACGCAUCUAG